AAAAAGCAGCUGGGAUUCUCAUCCCCUUCAGACAAGCUGUGAGCAGUUGUUUCUCAGAUCAGAGUCUGAAGAGAGUGAACGAGUCAAUCAGCAUUCCUGGUCAGAAGAGAAACCUGAGACAAUGAGGAGCAGCCUGACUCUGGUGGGGACCCUCUGGGCCUUCCUGUCCCUUGUUACUGCUAUGGCAAGUUCUACCAGUUACUUCCUGCCUUACUGGCUCUUUGGAUCCCAGAUGGGGAAGCAAGUGUCAUUCAGCACUUUCCGGAGGUGCAACUACCCUGUUCGGGGAGAGGGGCACCAUCUGAUCAUGGUAGAAGAGUGUGGGCGCUAUGCCAGCUUCAGUUCCAUCCCAAGCCUGGCCUGGCAGAUGUGUACGGUGGUGACAGGUGUCGGCUGUGCUCUGCUGCUCCUGGUGGCACUGGUUGCUGUUUUGGGCUGCUGCAUGGAGGAGCUCAUCUCCAGAAUGAUGGGACGUUGUAUGGGAGCAGCACAGUUCGUGGGAGGUCUGCUGAUAAGUUCAGGCUGUGCAUUAUAUCCAUUAGGAUGGAAUAGCCCAGAAAUAAUGCAGACAUGUGGGAAUGUCUCCAAUCAAUUUCAGUUAGGUACCUGUCAGCUUGGCUGGGCCUAUUACUGUGCUGGAGGUGGAGCAGCUGCAACCAUGUUGAUUUGUACUUGGCUCUCUUGCUUUGCUGGAAGAAACCCCAAGCCUGUUAUAUUGGUGGAGAGCAUCAUGAGGGGCACCAAUUCCUAUGCUACGGUGCUGGAUCUUAAAUCUUAAACAUUGGCAGAAGUGUUGGGAGAAGGAAAGUAAACUUUGAAAAUAGAAUAAGAAUAAGCUAGUUGACACACAUUUUUCCAGUAG